CACACUCGCCAAUGUUCCGCCGCGUCCGCUCGCGGGCCCUUCUCGCCCUCCCUCCCACGUCCCACCCCGUCUCCUCACCAGCCAAGCCCCCCGACACCUCCGCGCCCGUCUCGUGUCCUCGGCCCCGUCUCCCCUCCUCUUGUUCCAUACCGUUCCGUUCCGUCCGGUCCAUCCCCCUCAAAACCCCAAUGCUGCCUUAAACAAGUUCAAAACGUGAAAGCUCUCGUUCGCGUCGUCGUCUCCGCGUCCGCCACCCACCCAACGACGCGGCGGGCAUAGCCGGGGCGCCUCGCCACCGGCUGGCUGCCUUCCCGCCUCCGCCGGCGGCGUGCUCCGGCAGCAAUGGCGCUCGACCUCGCCGUCGGGGGCUCGGCGCCCCGCAAGGCCGAGCUCCAAACCCUAGCGCCCGUGCCGCUCGUGGGCCCGCCGCCUCCGCCGCCAAUCCCGACGACGCCGGGGAUGUACCUCCCGGGGCCGCCGCCACCGGGGGUGCUCCUGCCGCGCCCGAUCGUGUACCAGCUCAAUCCCGCGGCCGUCACGCACAUGGACGAGUGCCGGAGUCGCUCCCUCGUCAAGUUCAUUUCGAGCGCGGGGGUUGUGCCUUCAAUAGAGGACGUGCUGAGGAGGGAGAGAGUGGUACACGAGCUCGACAAGAUAGUGAUGGAUUGGGCAAAGAGGGUGGCGUACGAGCAGGGGGAACAGCAUUGGAUCACAUCAGCCACGGUGUUGACCUUUGGCUCCUAUGCCUUGGGGGCAUAUGGACCUGAAUCUGAUAUUGAUGCUCUAUGUGUUGGUCCCUAUAUUGCGUCACUGCAACAUCAUUUUUUCGUUGUUCUGCGACAAAUGCUUGAAGGAAGGCCAGAAGUAUCAGAAUUGCAUUCCAUUAAUGGCGCUAAGGUUCCAUUGAUUCGUUUUAAAUUCAAUGGGAUUUUAGUUGAUUUUCCUUAUGUGCAACUCCCAGUGAUCAAUGCUGCAGAGGCUAUACAUGCAUUUGAUCCCUGUGUGCUAGAGAAAGUUGAUGGGGCCAGCUGGAGAUGUCUAUCUGGAGUUCGUGUUAAUAGACAAAUCAUUCAAUUGGUUCCUAAUAUGAAGAAGUUUCAAUAUCUGUUGCGGUGCCUCAAACUAUGGGCAAGAAAAAGAGGACUUCAUUGCCAUCUACUUGGCUUCUUUGCUGGAAUUCAUUUGGCGGUUCUUGCCGCAUAUGUCUGUUGCAGACAUCCAAAUGCUAGUAUCAAUACUUUGUUCUCUUUGUUCUUUGAUAUUUUUGUUCACUGGCCUUGGCCUCUUCCAGUGAGUUUGCUUGAUCUACCAACUCUUUGUCAGAGUCCUGAUGGGUGCUCUCUCAUGCCCAUAAUGUUGCCCUGUAUUCCACCAGAAUUUUGCUCCUCUAGUAUAACAGUUAGUACUUUCAACAAAAUCAAAGAAGAACUUCGGCGUGGUCAUGCUUUGACCAAGGAUAUCAGAAGUACUGAUAUUGACUGGAGUUGGCUCUUUGCACCUUUUCCAUAUGGUGCAAAAUACAAACGUUUUCUUCGCAUAGUUCUCUCUACUCCGAUGGCUGAAGAAUUACGUGACUGGGUUGGAUGGGUGAAAUCACGAUUCCGAAACCUUCUUCUCAAGCUGGAAAGCCUUGGUGUUUACUGUGACCCAAAUCCCUCGGAGCAAGUUGAUCAUACCAUCACUGAGCCAAAUGUUGCAUUCUUCUGGGGUCUCAUGUACAGAAGGAGUGUGCGAAUAUGUACAAGUUCUCUCAAAGAAGACUUCAUGAAAAGUGUCUUUAAUAACAUCUAUGGGAAGGAAAAAUGUGCCCAUUCGGACAUAACAAUGUCCAUUGUUGAGCCUCCCCAGCUGCCUAAAAGUUUCUUUGAUCACUCAGUUUACUCAGAGAAUCUACCACCAUAUAUGAUGGGCCACCAAUUAAUGAAGCAGGACCACAAUGCAGUCGGUUAGGGCUCUGGUGUCAUAUUGCAGUUGAGCUUCGUUUGUGCAUAUCGAUAUGAUAACAGUGAGAAGCCUAAUUUUCUUGGGUUGUUGAGGCCGUUUUCCGCAUCAGAUACUCAGAAUUUCUGGCUGUCUUUUUAGAUGUAGGGGCUUGUUCAUGCCUCUGGCGCAAGGAAUACGGAAGUUUUUCCGUGGAGUUGGUUGUCAAGAGCUGGAUCUUUCUUCAAGCUUCUAGAUUCACGCGAGCAACUUAUCCCUGUUGUGAGGCAUGUGCAGGUACAUGUAUAUUCAUGUACACAGCAUAGCAAUUGGUAUACAAGUGGCAGAGUGACCAUAUAAAGGUGUUUGUAAACUGUAGUUGUAAUCUUUGUACCCAGCAGCAAAAAAUGUGUAAAUUGCUUCCUGUUGUUAGAAUUGCUACUGGGCACAAAUGCUGAGGUCGAUAUGAUUGGGUGGUGAAUGGAAGCCAUCCAUUCUAGGCCAAUAUGAAAGUGUUUUGGAUCGAUGCGAUCCACUUUUUUUGUUGUAGGCUGCAAAAAAAAACUUUUGCCUGUCCUACUGUCCAAGAAUUCGUAUGUAGCGAUCUGACUUUGUGGAAGAGAAAUUGUGUCCUCA